AAAAAAACUACAAUACGUUAUAUAAGGAUAACUUUUAAUUCAACUCAGGAAACUAGAUUGCGUUAUGAAUCGAAAUGAAUCGACGUGGAAGUAGUACACUCACUGGUGAAAUUGUUACUUUCGAUGCUGUACACAGGCGGAAGAGCAAAUUAGGCAAAAAUGUAGAAGAAGAGGAAGAAGAAGAAGUUUCCAAUGUCACUGGUCCAAAAUUUGGUAAACGCCACGUCCAAACCCUCUGUUACUUCUUCAUAAUCCUAUUCAACCAAUGCAACAGGCAACACCUAUCACUCACCAUCGUCGCCAUGAUGGACUCGAAACUAAACGAAAAAAACAACAUUCCGACCUUAAAUUGGACGAACAGAAACGUCAUCAUUUCAUCGUUCUUCUGGGGCUACAUCGGCCCGCAAGUCAUCACCGGCUGGUUGAUGACCAAAUACGGACCGAAAUGGUUCCUGAUCAGCAGCUCGGUAAUCUGCUCCCUACUCAGCUGCAUGAUACCAUGGUUCGCCAUACACUGCGGUUCCACAUCAGUUAUCAUCGUCAGAGUACUGCAAGGACUCUGCCAGUCCUUCAUGAUACCUUCGGUGUCCUGUUUCAUGAGCAGGUGGAUACCCGUCACCGAGAGAAGCAGGACUGGCGCUUUUAUUAUCGCAAGUUCCUCUGUGGCUACUGUUAUAAGUAUGCCGAUAUCCGGAGCCAUUGCGGCUAGUCCUUAUGGGUGGCCCAUGACUUAUUACGCUUUCGGCGGAGCUUGUGUAUUAAGCUGCGUUUUAUACGGGGUGCUGGGAUCGAACUCGCCCAGCACGCAUAAGAGCAUCACUGAAGAAGAGAGGAGUUUUAUAGUUAAAACUGCCAUCAAUACCACCGUCAAAGGGCCGAAGACGCCAUGGGGAAAAAUAGUAACGUGUGUACCGUUUUGGGCUUGCGUUUUUACCACAACUUGUAUGGUGCUAUUGAAUUGGAUAUUUCUCAGCCAAAUUCCCACGUACAUGAGCAAGAUAAUGAGAUACGACUUAAAGUCGAACGGUCUAUUGACUUCGUUAAUAUACCUCACGCAAUGGGCGGUGUGCAUAACAUCGAGCAUCGUGGCGGAUUUCCUCAUCAACAAAAACUACCUGCGACCCACGUUGACCAGAAAACUAUUCACGGCUAUAGGAAUGAUCGUACCGAGCGCCUCGCUGUUCCUUCUGGCCCAUUGCACCGAGGAGAAUUACAUCGAAGGCGUGGUGAUGAUUCUGGUGUCGGUAGGAGCGGCAGGAGCGAAUUGGUCGGCUUGCUGCAUCAACAACCUGGAUCUCGCGCCGAAUUUCGCCGGCGUCCUGCAAGGGUUCAUCAACGGGAUUUCGCACGUUUUCGCCCUGCUGGCGCCGCUGAUCGUGCAGGUUAUCGUACACGAUGAGAGCGAUCCUGCACAGUGGCAGAAGGUGUUUUAUAUGAGCAGUGGCGUGGCUAUAAUGGGGGUUAUUGUGUACAGUUUGUUCGGAUCGGGCGAGGAACAGCCGUUUAAUAAAAUUGAAGAUGGUAACAAUGAUGAAGAAACGGCGUUGAAGUAGGUUGUGAUGAUGCAAAAGAAUGGUACCGUGGAGUAGAUUUUAAAUUAAGUAAUUUAUAAAGUUGUGUAUUUAUUGAGCGUAUAGUGAAAAUUCAUUAAAAAAGCA